AUUAUUUUCCUACUGUGCCAACAUUCGUCCUUGCUUAUAUGUAUUCAUCUGCACAAAUCGGAGAGUUUGCAAAAUCGGGCAAAUUCGGGUGAACUCGGGUCAAGCAGACCACGUGCCCACUCGUCAAAGGAUUCGUGAUUGCAUCAACCUUCAUCACACCCGACAGUGCUUACGUCUCCGCACCCACCCUCUUUUCCAACGAUCGAAGAAACAGAUCGCCAUGGGCACAGCGCCGCAGCUUAAGAGACCAAAAUUAAAAGCCAUGAAAGUCUACACUAGACCCCGUGGCAGUCAUUGGUUGUACAUCCACGAUCCUUGGCCGUACGGCGCCUCCUCCGCAGAUAAACAGAACACAAAUGCAGUGGUCGGGUGGGUAUGCCGAGCGAUCUCCGAUCUGUGCCGAGUCGACACCCUCCCGAACGAAAUCAAGGUUUUCCAUCGAUCGCAGCACAGCUAUCUCGUCAUCCAGAUCACCAAUACUCAGUUAGUCAGCCUCGACCCCGUCUUGGGGACGCACAUUCCUUCCGAAUUCCUCACGUCAGCAUAUGCACCAUCGAAUACGUCUCAAACAAGCACCUGGUACGAAUACGACUACGAGGCGUGCAACGAUCCCAACAAAACCCAGUGGACGGGAAGUGUUCCGAGCUUCUCCGAGCUACCGGUCGACUUCCCCAUCAAAUGGAGCCAGGCACGUCGCGGGGCAGAUCCGUACCCAUCCCCGUCCCCUGCCCUACCCGCACACAAGAAGCGCCAGUUUGCGAAAACGCUUCCUCUGCAUCUGAUACAGCAACAACAGCUCACUCUUCCCCCGUCCAAAACCGAUCGUGGCAUUGCCGACGCAGGGCCUUUGGGACACCGUUCUCCACCGCCCGAACCCGUCUCCGAGUUUGCUUUCACUCCUUACCAGCUUCCGCCUAACUUUCCGACAUUGCCAUCCAAUGAAUCGAUACCUGUGAAAAAGCUCGAUCCUUAUGAAGAAGAGGAUCUCGCACAAGCCUCGCUCCAUCCGCAUCCAGCCCCCCAGUCCCCAUCCAGACACGGCGACCCCAAGUCGCCGGUCAAGGAAGAAUAUGUUGAGCAUCGGCUCGGACAGCUCUUUGGGGUGAUGGCCGAACGGCGUCUUGAGGUGAAGCUUGAAGCGGUCUCAGAACCGAUGGACGCCCUCCAAUCCAUGUUCACGGAGAUGGAGAGGCGCAAUGCCGCGCUUGAAUCGGAGCGAAGAAAGUCCGACGACGAUGAGCCGGUUCCCUGUCGGGAAGCUGUCCAACUGAACAGACCAACGAUCAAGUCUGAACCUAUAGAAUUAGAGUUGCACACAAUUCCGGUUAAAUCUGAACCGACAGAGCACAACAUCCCUUCGAGCAGGCCGAGAAAUCGAAUGUUUGACGCAUUUGACGGAUAUUCUCCGACCUCGGUCAGAAGCGAAGAUCAGCAUGAAGAAGCUCCGCGGGUCAAGGCAGAAGUUACAGACGACUCCGUAUCCUCCUAUAAUCAUCUCUUGAAACAGGGAAAACAAUAUGAAUCACCUCUGGCGGACCGGGCGGCUCCUGAGAUCUUGCAUCAAUACCACAGACGCGAGCACCGAUCACUUGGGCAAGGCGAGCGUGGGUACCACGCCUCACCUCCACCAGGAGCGCGGGGGCGGCAUGAAGGGAAUAAGAACACCACAAGCUUCGAGAAAAUCCGAACACGAUUCAUGGCCAAGCUCACAGGAGCCAUCGACCUCAAGGCAGUCCAGAAGGGACAACCCAACGGCCACGCACUCGUCCUACGAGGUUCCACCGCUGAAGCGCGAACGGCUUUCCGGCCCGACACCACGCCGAUCAAACAUGAAAGAUCCACGGAUUGGCUUGGAGAGAGGUCUGCGGCGUUCAUCUUCUGCCUCAGAUCUGCACUACUGAGAACUUUCUUCACAGAGCGCGAAGAGUAGUGAAGUAGGGAAAGAGAUCUUGAUUGCAGCGGUUCAUGUGAUACGUGUGAUUCCUGGGCUCCCCGUGGCCCCAGAUAUUGGAGAACAUUUGCAGUUGUGUGUCGGUCUAACAUGCAAGGGGGACGUAUCUUAGCUUUGA